AUGUCUUGUUCACAUGUGAUAACAACAUGUUCUAGUAUCAAAUAUGAUUAUUGGAGCCUUAUAUCCGAUGUGUACAAGGUGGAAACAAUACUUAAAGUCUACAUUGAAGCGUUCCAACCGAUAUCAAACGAAGGAUAUUGGCCACAAUAUGAAGGUGUUAAGGUGUGUCACAGUCCAUUAAUGCGAAUAGUCAAGAAAGGUCGCCCAAAGACCAAGCGCAUUAGAACAGAAAUGGACACUACGGGUAGAGUCCCAAGAAAGUGCGGAUUAUGUCGGGGUUUCAAGAGAACGGCAAACAUGGACGUAGAAUCAGCCACGUGUAUGACUCCGUCGGCGGUGGUCAUCUCUGAUGAUCUAAUACCGGAGGUACUUUCCUUUCUAUCAGUGAAAUCUCUUAUACGAUUGGGGUGCGUGAGUAAGUCUUGGAGAGCCCUCAUCUCCGAUCCCGUGUUCGUGAAAUUGCACCUCAAGAAAUCAGCAACACGAAAACUGCUCUUCACACUAAUGAUGCGGCAUCCAUUAUCAGAAUUGGUCGACACUCAUCAAACUGAUUGUGACGUGUAUUGCGUUUUAUACCCCAAAAGUCGUUUACUCCGUAACCCGUCUUUCAAACUUUCGGUUGAUUCUUACUACCUAUGGAAUGACAAUGACUGCUCUGAUAUAGCAGCAUAUCAAGAUUAUUGGCUCCGUAUAUGGAACCCAGCCACAAGGACACUGUCUCCAAGAAUUGGGUAUUUUCGCGAUUCUGCCAAAGCUCACUUUGACCUUUACUACGAUCGAAAAGAUUUCAAUUUCAAGUUUGGUUAUGACAAUUCAACUGACACUUAUAAGGUGGUGGUGUCUCAUAUUCUUCUCCCAAGCGUUGUAAAAAUUCUCACUUUGGGUGAUAAUGUUUGGAGAUAUAUUGAAAAUUUUCCAGCUGUACCUCUGGAGACAACAAACAAGUCUGGAGGUGAGUAUUUCAGUGGAACUCUUAACUGGUUGGUGAUUGACAAUACAAAUAAUUUUUCCUAUCGUGUUCUUAAGGAUGUUGCUACAAUUGAACAGUUUCGUAUUCUUUCUCUUGAUUUGGGGACUGAGACAUACAACAAGUACAUGCUGCCUCAUGUUUUGGAUGAAAUGCCGCCUGACAUGCCAAGUCUUACUGUUUUGGGGGACUGCCUUUGUUUUUCUUAUUAUCCCAACAAAAUCGAUUUGGUUAUAUGGAAGAUGCAAAUAUUUGGUGUGGAAGAGUCUUGGGUCCAAUUUCUUAGAAUUAAUUACCAGAAUCUUCAAUUCUCCAAUGUGCUGCAUCCUAAUUUUUAUGUAGUGCCUUUAUUUCUUUUUGAGGAUACGUUGAUAUUUAUGAGUCAUCAAUACCAACCAAUUUUCUAUAAUUGGAGAAAUAAUACUGUUGCCUAUAAUAGAACUACCGAUUAUGUACGCUUUGAAGUUGCCAAGGAUUAUGUUGAAAGUUUAGUUUCAAUUUUUUGAAAAGUUAGGAAGACCAGCAGAAUGUAGUGUUGGAAUUCAGAGGUUGGAGGAGCAACAGCUAAGGCAACGUUAGAGAAAAAGGAAUUAGGAGGAGCAUGGUUUGAAUUAGUUAGGAUUUUAGAGUGAAAUUUGUUAUUUAUUUUGGGACAUUAUUCCUAUUUUUUUAAUGUAUUUUGUCAUAAACUUUAUUUUUAAUAUAACUUUUGUUGACUUAGAUGGGAAAGUAACUUAUUGAAUGAAAUGUCUUAUUGUGUUAUAUUGGAGUAUAUGGGAAAGUAACUUAUUGAAUGAAAUGUCUUAUUGUGUUA